AUGACCGACUCGCCUCCGCCUCCGCUGAAAUGGACGGGCCAAUUCACCAUCGCUGCCUCCAAAAGCCAGCUCGGCGGCGACAAGAUCCUCCUUCCCCCUUCGGCACUCGAGCAAAUGUUGAAUGCUGCAUCCACUCAAACGGCCGAAGCGACCCGCCGCAACCUCCCAACCUUUGAUCCCUACAAUUCCUCCGUCUACKCGGCUUAUCGCCAGGCAGAAUCGCAAUAUCAGGAUCAACGACAACAACUCCCCCAUCCUCUGACCUUCCGUCUGGUCAACUCGGAAAGUGGGCGGGUGGUCUUUGCGGGGGUAAGAGAGUUCUCGGCCGAGGAAGGGCACAUCGUGCUCAGUCCCUUUCUCGCCGAGGCGUUGGGCAUCAAACAGGAGAAUGUCAAGCAGAUUGAGGAAGAUGGCAUGGAAAGGAAUGUGGACAUGGAGGACGGGCAAGAGGGAAAGACGGCGGCCAUCACCGUCCACGUCCACCAACUUCCCAAGGGAGAAUUCGUCAAGCUGCGACCCUUGGAGCCGGGAUACGACCCGGACGAUUGGAAGGCUUUGUUGGAGCAACAUCUGCGACAAAACUACACCACCCUGACCAAUGGAGAGGUGCUGGUCGUGCCCGGUGCACGAGGUGCGGAUGGAAAGAGGGAAGAGUUUCGUUUUCUGGUCGACGGCUUCCAACCCGAGUCGGAUGGCAUCUGCGUCGUCGACACCGAUCUGGAAGUCGACAUUGAGGCUUUGAAUGAGGAACAGGCUCGCGAGACGUUGAAGCGCAUCGCUGCCAAAUUGUCCAAGGCUCCCGGCACGGAACAAGGAACUUCUCCCGGUGGUGAAUUGGAUCUGUUCAAGCCACAAUCCGGACAGAUUCUCGCGGGAGAGUAUGUCGACUACUCAUUACCAUCGUGGAAUCGAACGAUGCCYCUGGAACUUGAGCUGGACGUGGAAGAUGAUGAAGAGGAUGUCACUCUCCUCAUCAGCCCACUCUCCGCCACUCAACGUGCCAAACCACGAAUCGACGAGUUUGUCUUUGCCGAUUUCGACACGCGACCCACGAAACGAAUCCGUCUGGAACCCAGCAAUGUCGAAAUGGAGAAUGCCGAAGCUUUGCACGUAUCCGUCUACGCAUCUGCUGUUUCAGAGUCAUCGCCAUCGCCAUCGAAUGGCGUGACGGAAGCACCAGGCAACCUUCGACAUUUCACCUUACGCGCGAGACAUCCCGACGUGGAGAAGACGCCUGCAAGUACAAAUACAAAUACUCCAGAGAAGUCACCCAACGAAGGAGAUGUUCGAUGCAAGAACUGCACGCAAUGGGUCCCUCAACGCACCCUCAUGCUUCACGAAAACUUCUGCCUUCGCAACAACAUCAUCUGCCCCCAAGGCUGCGGCCAAGUCUUCCAAAAACGCUCCCCCCAAUUCUCAUCCCACUGGCAUUGCCCAUACGAUUCCACCUUCGGCAACACCUCCUCCUCACAAUCCCACCACAAUACCAUCUUCCACCCUUCAGAAAUCUUGAGAUGCCCCGAAUGCAGCACCACCGAAACCUUCGCCAACCUCCCCUCCCUCGCUCGCCACCGCACUACCACCUGUCCCGCAAAACAAAUCCUCUGCCGCUUCUGCCAUCUCGUAGUCCCACAAGAAGGUGACCCCGACGUCCCCAACGCCGAAGCCCUCCUCUCAGGCAUGACAGUCCACGAACUAGCCGACGGAGCACGAACCACCGAAUGCCAUCUCUGCUCCAAAAUCGUCCGCCUACGAGACAUGGAAAUCCACCUCAAAAACCACGACCUCGACCGUCUAUCCCGCCUCCCACCCAUCCCCUGUYGAAAUCUCAAUUGUGGCCGCACAGUCGACACCUGUUCCAAAGCAGGAGAUACUCGAGCGGGGACUCGCAUGGGCCAAGGACCGGGUAAUGACGUCGGUUUGUGCAGUGUGUGUUACGGUCCCAUGUACGUCAGCACGCACGAUCCCGAAGGCAAGGGUUUGAAACGUCGGGUGGAGAGACGAUAUCUCCAACAACUCCUCACCGGCUGUGGCAAGACGUGGUGUGGGAAUGAAUUCUGUAAAUCCGGCCGGAAGAAUCUCGCCCUCGCCAACACGACCAUUUCCACCAAGGAGGCGUUGCCGAUGAUUAAACCUUUUCUGGACGGUCUCUCCGUGAAGAAGAGUAACGGGGAGAAGGAUAGUCCCUUGCAUUUCUGUGUGGAUGAAGGGAGUCAGAAGAGGAGGAAUUUGGCCGGGUUACUUGCUGCGGAAGUAGAAGAUGGAGGAAUGGGAGGAGGGAAGAGUAGUGGUGGUGGUGGUGGGUAUGCGAUGGAAUGGUGUCUCGGAGCAUUAGAAGCCAUGGGAGGGGAUUUGGAGGGCGCUAGGACCUGGUUGAGGAAUUGGGCUCCGGAAAGGGGGGAAGGGGGAGGGGGGAGAUGA